UAAGGAACUAACUUCAGAUUCCUAGCGAUUGUGUGUGUCAGUGUGUCAGUGACUUUCUAACCAAAGUUCUGCAACACAUCGCGCUGUAAUCACCAUGAACAUUCCUGCAAUACAACAACCGGGAGCAAUUGGUGUAGGCCAGAUGACACAGCCUGUAAAUCCUCAAAUGGCUCAAAAUCCACAGCAGCCACAGCAACCACAAGUUCAGCAACAGCAGCAGCAGCAGCAGCAACAGACUCAAGAGAAGCUUGACAAUAUCUCCAAAGUGAAGUCACUGAUCGGCCCAUUAAGAGAAUCAUUGGCUAUAGCUCUUAAAACUGCAGCACAAACAUUGCACCAAAACAGUUUGGUAGAUGUUGGAUCUUUGAAGAGUAUAGAUCAGCCUGAUCAUAGAUUUAAUAAGAACAUGGAAGAGUUUUAUUCAAUCUGCGACCAAAUAGAAUUGCAUUUAAAGACUUCUAUAGAAUGCUUAUCUCAAAAUUCUAGUUCUCUAAGGUAUUUCCCAGUAUCUGUCAUACCAACACGUACAGACACUGUUGGAGCUCAAGAAGGACCUGCUUUAACAUAUCCUCAAUUCUUGAUGACUGUAAGAGCUCAGGUUGCAUAUGCCCGCGAAGUUCAUGACACUUUAGUUAAUGCUGCUCAAUCAAUAGCAUCAGGUGAAUGAAUUGGUUUUAAAAAAAUAACUUAUCAACGAGAGAUUGUGAUAAGAAUAAUUGUAGUUAGGUAUUUGUAUAUUAUAAUCUAAUUUUUUUUACAUAUAUUUUGUAUAUAAUACAGCAUUAUACAUUUUGUAAUAAAUAAGUCUAAAUUUUAUUUUCCAGAUUACACUUAAAAACUUAUACCCUGUAUUGACUUAAAAUUUAUUAUUCACUUCUCUGACAAUUUUUUUUCAUUUAUCUUUAUUUCUCGUACAUCA